GGAAGAGGAAGGCCCCGGGGCGACUGGGUCCUGGGCAGGGGCAGCCACAUGAUCCGCAUCCCACAUGACACAGAAAGAAACUGGUGGCAGCAGCCAGCCCUGUGAAACGUCAUUUUUUCCUCCGUCAAAGAAGAGGGGUAGAAAACCCCAAUCCCUCCCCCUCCCCCAGAUUUACGAAUAAACGGGCGGAGGCAGCUCCAGACGUGAACAUACUCCGUGGUUUCCAGUAUGAUUGGCACCUUCCCAGAGGUACCUUCACUUGGGAUUACAAACAGAGAAAGGACGAGACCGGCGCCUCUGGGAUUAUGCUUUGGAGCAGCCUGAGCAAAAGACGUGGCCGUGGUUGCCCACAGCAUGGAUAACAGCAGCGGUCCUUUUGUUCUCCCUACCUUAUUGCUCCUGCUGCAGAACGAGAGCUACCCCAGAACCAACAUCUCUCCUGCUGGCUACGAGAUGACGGAGUCACCCAGAGGACCCAGCUCAAGCAGGAACCUCACCGGCUUGCCGUAUGAACUGUGGCCAGAGGAAAUUGCAGCAGCCAGCAUGGUUUGGGGAGCGCUGUGGCUGGUUUCUGUCUUCGGAAACUCCCUCGUUUGCUUAGUGAUCCACCGGAGCAGGAGGACACAGUCCACCACCAACUAUUUUGUUGUCUCCAUGGCUUGUGCAGACCUUCUCAUCAGCAUUGCAGGCGCACCCUUCCUGCUGCUCCAGUUUAUCUACGGCAGGUGGGUGCUGGGGAACGUGAUGUGCAAGCUGGUAAGGUAUGUACAGUACCUCACCCCUGGAGUCCAGAUAUAUGUGCUGCUCUGGAUAAGCGUGGAUCGAUUCUACACUAUCGUCUACCCCCUGAGCUUCAAAGUGUCCAGGGAGAAAGCCAAGAAAAUGAUUCUGGCCUCUUGGCUGUUUAAUGCUGCAUUUGCAUCACCGGCUUUCUUUUUCUAUGGCUCCGGCAGCGAUGACCACUGCAACUUUUUCCCCCCCAAUUCUUGGGAAGGAGCUGUCUACAGUAUCAUCCACCUCUUGGUGGUGUUUUUGAUCCCGUCCAUCCUCAUUAUCCUCUUCUACCAGAAGGUCAUCAAGUACAUUUGGAGAAUAGGCACUGAUGGCAGGACUGUCAGGAGGACAAUGAAUACUGUCCCAAGAACAAAGGUGAAAACCAUCAAGAUGUUCUUAAUUUUAAACUUGGUGUUUCUCCUGUCCUGGCUCCCUUUUUACGUGGUACAGCUGUGGCACCCACACGAAACAGACUGCAGAAAGAGCUCCUUGGUUUUCUUGGCCAUCACCUGGCUCUCUUUCAGUUCUUCAGCCUCUAAGCCAACCCUUUAUGCUGUGUACAAUGCAAACUUCAGAAGAGGGAUGAAGGAAACUUUUUGCAUGUCUACCAUGAAAUGCUACAGAAGCAACGCAUACACCAUCACCACCAGUUCCAGGAUAGCCAAAAAAAAUCACGUUGGGAUUGCAGAAAUCUCAGCUCCAGCCAAAACUGUCACAAAAGACUCCAUCUACGAUGCUUUUAACAGAGAAGCAAAGGAAAAAAAGCUUGCCUGGCCUAUUCAGUCCAAUCCCCCAAAUACGUUUGUCUAGUUGGUUUCAUUGCUUUGAAAAGUUACUCUGUACCCCCAGAACAAGGACUUUUCUCUCCAUUUUGAACCAAUGUCUAUUUACAUAUUUUUAACACUACUUUUAGGGAAGAAAAGAAAAAGAUGUUUUAUUUUAUUAAAUGCGUUGAUUUUGAUGUGUCCAGUCUAUUUCCUUUCAGUUACAUCCUGAUUUUUGGAACUACU